CGCCGGCGCCGGCGCGGCCGCCCGGGUGCGUCAGCGCGCCCGGAAGCGCUCGGGCGGCGAACAUGGCGGCAUCCGCGGGCGGCCUGGGUGGAGGCGCGGGCCCAGGGCCCGAGGCCGGGGACUUCCUGGCCCGGUACCGCCAGGUGUCGAACAAGCUGAAGAAGCGCUUCCUGCGGAAGCCGAACGUGGCGGAGGCCGGGGAGCAGUUCGCACAGCUGGGCCGCGAGCUGCGCGCCCAGGAGUGCCUGCCGUACGCGGCCUGGUGCCAGCUGGCGGUGGCGCGCUGCCAGCAGGCGCUCUUCCACGGGCCCGGGGAGGCGCUGGCGCUCACCGAGGCCGCCCGCCUCUUCCUGCGGCAGGAGCGCGACGCGCGUCAGCGCCUCGUCUGCCCCGCCGCCUACGGGGAGCCGCUGCAGGCCGCCGCCAGCGCCCUGGGCGCCGCCGUGCGCCUGCACCUCGAGCUGGGCCAGCCGGCCGCCGCCGCCGCCCUCUGCCUCGAGCUGGCCGCCGCCCUGCGCGACCUGGGCCAGCCGGCCGCCGCCGCCGGCCACUUCCAGCGCGCCGCCCAGCUGCAGCUGCCCCAGCUGCCCCUGGCCGCGUUGCAGGCGCUCGGCGACGCCGCCUCCUGCCAGCUGCUGGCGCGCGACUACAGCGGCGCCUUGGCGGUCUUCACGCGCAUGCAGCGCCUGGCGCGGGAGCACGGCAGCCACCCGGUGCAGCCGCCGCCGCCGCCGCCGCCGCCGCCGCCGGGGCCCCAGCCCGGACCCGGCGCGGCCCCCGCCCUGCCGGCCGCGCUGCUGCUCCCGAACGCCGGCUCUGCAGCCGCGCCCGCCGCGCUGGGCGCCUUCUCGGACGUGCUGGUCCGCUGCGAGGUGUCUCGCGUGCUGCUGCUGCUGCUCCUGCAACCCCCGCCCGCCAAGCUCCUGCCGGAGCAUGCCCACACCCUGGAGAAGUACUGCUGGGAGGCUUUCGACAGCCACGGGCAGGAGAGCAGUGGCCAGCUUCCGGAGGAGCUCUUCCUACUGCUCCAGUCCUUGGUCAUGGCCACCCACGAAAAGGACACGGAGGCCGUCAAGUCGCUGCAGGUGGAGAUGUGGCCGCUGUUGAGUGCCGAGCAGAACCACCUCCUGCACCUCGUUCUGCAAGAAACCGUCUCCCCCAGGACAGGGGAUCUGACGGAUCACCUUAACCAAGUGACUUUCUGCCUGUUACCAGACCUCACGCCUCCAUCCGCCUUUGCGUUUGGGGGCGAAAUAAAAGACACGGAACCCGGCGGUUCUACCUUUGUUUAUCUCAUUCCUCUUGCCACCAUAGGACUUUAG